AUGGGGCCUACAGGGGAACAGCCUGGGAUUUACAUAUCAGAUGAUGAAAGUCUGAGGAGUCUGGAGAGACAUUCUUUUCACAAGCUGCCCAAGGCUAUCCACAUAGAGAUAAGGGGUAUCAGGAGCCUGUCUUACAUUGACCCAGAGGCAUUCAAGGACCUAACAAACUUGAAGUACCUGGGUAUCUUCAACACCGGCCUGCCCUCCUUCCCUGCUCUGGGCCAGAUCCGUUCCAGCCAGGACGACUUCAUCUUGGAAAUUGUGGAUAACCUCUUCAUCAGAGAAAUUCCUGCCAACUCAUUCAAUGGGAUCUCAGAGAAUGAAAUCACCCUGAUGCUGAACAGCAACGGUCUGACGGACAUCCAACCCUACGCCUUCAAUGGAACCAGACUGGAGGAAGUGUACCUCUAUAGGAAUGUGGAUCUGGUGCGGUUGGACGAGAGGACAUUUUCUGGCGUGAUCAGCGGGCCAACUCUUCUAGACGUUUCCGAAUCAAGAGUGAACUCCUUACCCACAAUGGGUCUGGAGGCUGUUCAGAAACUCAAAGCUAAAAACACUUGGGCCCUCAAGAAACUACCCCCCCUGAGGGCCUUCCAGCAUCUGCAGAGUGCUGAGCUCACCUACCCCAGUCACUGCUGUGGACUGAGCAAAGUGAAGAGGAGGAGAGGACACGUGGAGUCCGUCAUUUGCAACCUGACCAGCUCUACAAGACGACAACAAUCAACUAGGCCCUCUGGAACCCCCUCUGAGGCCUACGAGGGGCAGCACCCCAAGCACCCUCAUCCCACCAGCAGCAACCCUUCCCCCCGAGACCCCCAGCACCAUUAUCCCACCAGAAGCAGCCCCUCCCCCCGAGACCCCCAACACCUCCAUCCCACCAGCAGCAACCUCUCCCCCCGAGACCCCCAACACCUCCAUCCCACCAGCAGCAACCCUUCCCCCCGAGACCCCCAGCACCAUCAUCCCACCAGAAGCAACCUCUCCCCCCGAGACCCCCAGCACCAUCAUCGCACCAGAAGCAGCCCCUCCCCCCGAGACCCCCAACACCCCCAUCCCACCAGCAGCAACCUCUCCCCCCGAGACCCCCAGCACCAUCAUCCCACCAGAAGCAGCCCCUCCCCCCGAGACCCCCAACACCUCCAUCCCACCAGCAGCAGCCCCUACGACUACCAGUACUACUACGAUAACUACAGCUGUCCCCCCUCCGGUGAGUGCUUCUACAUAGUGUUCCCUACGGAGGGCCCAGACGAAGGCUUUGACUAUACCCUGUGCGAUGACGACAGGGAGGACCAGGGGGUCCCCUGCACCCCUCUGCCCGAUGCCUUCAACCCCUGUGAGGACGUGAUGAGCCUGGGCUUCCUGCGGGUGUCUGUUUGGCUGGUUAGCUUGCUAGCCGUUCUGGCUAACCUCUUGUUCCUGCUCAUCCUGCUGACCAGCCACUACAAACUGACCAUCACCCGCUUCCUCCUGUGCAACCUGGCCAUGGCAGAUCUCUUCAUGGGUGUGUACCUCUUGCUCAUCGCAUCUGUGGACCUCUACACGCGCUCCCAGUACCACCACUACGCCAUUGACUGGCAGACUGGUGCCGGAUGCCAACUGGCUGGGGUGCUCACAGUGUUCGCCAGCGAGCUGUCGGUCUACACGCUGACUGCCAUUACUCUCCAGCGCUGGCACGCCAUCACCUUCGCCAUGAGGCCCGAGAGGAAAGUGCGACUACGCCACAUAGUUGUGCUAAUGCUAGCCGGAUGGCUGCUCUGCCUGGUGUUAGCCGUGCUACCGCUAGCUGGCGUUAGCAGCUACCAGAGGGUUAGCAUCUGCUUGCCCAUGGACACAGACUCAACCGCGGCCAUGGUCUACGUGGUCACCCUGCUAAUGCUGAACGUGCUCGCAUUCGUGUUGGUGAGCGUGUGCUACGUACACAUCUACUGCAUGGUGCACAACCCACAGCACCCGUCGAGCCGAGGGGACGCCAGCAUGGCCAAACGCAUGGCCGUGCUUAUCUUCACCAAUUUCCUGUGUCUGGCACCCAUCUCCUUCUAUGGCCUGUCUGCUGUGCUGCACCACCCACUCAUCACCGUCACCGACUCCAAGGUGCUGCUGGUGAUAUUUUACCCUUUGAACUCAUGUGCCAACCCCUUUCUGUACGGUAUCCUGACACGAGCCUUCCACGGGGACGUCCUGAUUCUGCUGAGCCGCUUGGGGCUGUGUCAACGGCAGGCCCAGCUCUUCCGAGGAGCGCAGUUCGAUGUGGGCCGCCCCGCUGGGGGAAAGAGGCGCCAAGGGGUCCCCCGUCUUGGAGCCCACAUACCCCAGAUCCUGGAGCUCCGCAAGAGGCAGAGACCGUAAUGACACCAAGGAGCAGGUCAUCGAAUUGGAGGGUCCCAACGCGAUGUCAAGCACCAGGGAGAAUUACAACCACAGCUGAGAGGCUGGAUUUUGUUGGUUCUCCAGUUGAAUGGUGGUUCCCGUACCUUUCGGACAGACAAAACCAUGUAUCAGGUCCCAAUUAAGGGCUGGAUUCAAUCCAUAUUGCAGAAGUAUCACGGAAGGUCUACAUUCAAAUGUAAAGGUAAUCUUUGUUUGAGCCGACAUAUGCAGCGUUUAUAGUGAAUGCAGUCUCUGUGAAUGCAGGAACAUUGCCUUUCAAUUUCAAUGUGUAUCUUCCGCAAUACGGAUUGAAUUGAGCCCUUAGUCUUGAUCCGUGAUCUAAGCGUGACUGGCCAUUAUGACCAACCAGGAAUUGUAAAUUGAGGAGCUUGACUGGCCAUUAUGACCAACCAGGAAUUGUAAAUUGAGGAGCUUGACUGGCCAUUAUGACCAACCAGGAAUUGUAAAUUGAGCAGCGUGACUGGCCAUUAUGACCAACCAGGAAUUGUAAAUUCAGGAGCUUGACUGGCCAUUAUGACCAACCAGGAAUUGUAAAUUGAGGAGCGUGACUGGCCAUUAUGAUCAACCAGGAAUUGUAAAUUGAGGAGUGUGACUGGCCAUUAUGACCAACCAGGAAUUGUAAAUUGAGGAGCGUGACUGGCCAUUAUGACCAACCAGGAAUUGUAAAUUGAGGAGCUUGACUGGCCAUUAUGACCAACCAGGAAUUGUAAAUUUAGGAAUUGGACAUGGAAUGUAAAUGGCCCUUUUAAUAUAUAUAUUGUGUUGUUUUUAAAUUCGUGUUGUAUAUUGCAUUUCUGAGUUGACUAGAAUGAAACUAAAGCAGAGGUGCUACUCACCUUGUUUGAGGAACAUUGGAGAGAACAAAUCAACAGGAAAAAACUGAAUAUGCAAGACCAGCUAGAGGUGUGUAGUAGAGAACCAGCUAGAGGUGUGUAGUAGAGAACCAGCUUAGAGGUGUGUAGUAGAGAACCAGCUAGAGGUGUGUAGUAGAGAACCAGCUUAGAGGUGUGUAGUAGAGAACCAGCUAGAGGUGUGUAGUAGAGAACCAGCUAGAGGUGUGUAGUAGAGAACCAGCUAGAAGUGUGUAGUAGAGAACCAGCUAGAGGUGUAUAGUAGAGAACCAGCUUAGAGGUGUGUAGUAGAGAACCAGCUUAGAGGUGUGUAGUAGAGAACCAGCUAGAGGUGUGUAGUAGAGAACCAGCUAGAGGUGUGUAGUAGAGAACCAGCUUAGAGGUGUGUAGUAGAGAACCAGCUUAGAGGUGUGUAGUAGAGAACCAGCUAGAGGUGUGUAGUAGAGAACCAGCUAGAGGUGUGUAGUAGAGAACCAGCUUAGAGGUGUGUAGUAGAGAACCAGCUAGAGGUGUGUAGUAGAGAACCAGCUAGAGGUGUGUAGUAGAGAACCAGCUAGAGGUGUGUAGUAGAGAACCAGCUAGAGGUGUGUAGUAGAGAACCAGCUAGAGGUGUGUAGUAGAGAACCAGCUAGAGGUGUGUAGUAGAGAACCAGCUAGAGGUGUGUAGUAGAGAACCAGCUAGAGGUGUGUAGUAGAGAACCAGCUAGAGGUGUGUAGUAGAGAACCAGCUUAGAGGUGUGUAGUAGAGAACCAGCUAGAGGUGUGUAGUAGAGAACCAGCUAGAGGUGUGUAGUAGAGAACCAGCUAGAGGUGUGUAGUAGAGAACCAGCUAGAGGUGUGUAGUAGAGAACCAGCUAGAGGUGUGUAGUAGAGAACCAGCUUAGAGGUGUGUAGUAGAGAACCAGCUAGAGGUGUGUAGUAGAGAACCAGCUAGAGGUGUGUAGUAGAGAACCAGCUAGAGGUGUGUAGUAGAGAACCAGCUAGAGGUGUGUAGUAGAGAACCAGCUAGAGGUGUGUAGUAGAGAACCAGCUAGAGGUGUGUAGUAGAGAACCAGCUAGAGGUGUGUAGUAGGGAACCAGCUUAGAGGUGUGUAGUAGAGAACCAGCUUAGAGGUGUGUAGUAGAGAACCAGCUAGAGGUGUGUAGUAGAGAACCAGCUAGAGGUGUGUAGUAGAGAACCAGCUUAGAGGUGUGUAGUAGAGAACCAGCUUAGAGGUGUGUAGUAGAGAACCAGCUUAGAGGUGUGUAGUAGAGAACCAGCUUAGAGGUGUGUAGUAGAGAACCAGCUUAGAGGUGUGUAGUAGAGCACCAGCUAGAGGUGUGUAGUAGAGCACCAGCUAGAGGUGUGUAGUAGAGAACCAGCUAGAGGUGUGUAGUAGAGAACCAGCUAGAGGUGUGUAGUAGAGAACCAGCUGGUAUCCUCGGACUGUCUGAGUGUGUUAGAUAUAUUGUUUUUGCAGAGGCUUUACAAGGGCUCUCUUAACACGUGGAAUUUGAAUUGUGUGCCCUCGUAAUUUACAUAGGUGAAAUUGACAGCAAAGCUAUAGGCUUCUGUUGGGCUGAACCUUCAGAGUCCAUGUAUGCACUUUAGAACGUGUUAAUUAUAGCCCAGGCUUUUUUCCCCGUUUUUGUUUGGCAAUUUUUGUCAUGUUAAAUAUUGGCCACUAUCGGGAGCCACCCUCAGUAAUACCCACAUACAUUUAUAACAGUCACUUUACUUACAUUUACAUUGUAGUCAUUUAUCAGACGCUCUUAUCCAGAGUGACUUACAGUUCACAGCCACAUACAUAUCACAGGCAUAGAAAUUACAUUUUUACUCUAACUUAGCUAUCAGUAGAGUCAGAGCUAGAAGGUCUUGUAGUGGAUACGACUGGAAGCCAGUGGAGUGUGCGGAGGAGCAGGGGGACAUGAGAGAACUUGAGAAAGUUGAAAACCAGGGGUUGGAUGGCACAAGCCUGGAGCCCAGCCAACUGUGAGUUGCAGUAGUGCAGAUGGGAGAUGACAGGUGCCUGGAUUAGGACCUGCGCCGCUUCCUGUGUGAGGUGGGGUCAUACUCUACGGAUGCUGUAGAGCACGAACCUGCAGUAGCGAGUCACUGAUGUUUUACAGAGAACGACACAGUGUUAUCCAGGGUCACGCCAAGGUUCUUUGCACUCUGGGAGGGCGACACUGGAGUUGUCAACCGGGAUGGAGAGGUCUUCAAUUUGUACCUUUUGCAUCAUUCCUUUAACCUUUCUGUCCUCUGUCAUGUCCUUGUCGUUGUUCCUGAGGGUCACUAGCAUUAGUGGAUUAUAUUAGGCUAACGUUAGGCUAACGUCAUUAUGGAACUCAGACCACCACAUAGCAGGUUAAACCUGGCACCUGGCUAACGGUUCACAACGGCUGGAAGGUUGCCAUACAGUUCCAUGAUUGGUGGGAAUUAUGGUAGAUUUAUAGGACUGAUGUUCAACCCCUAUUUACAUGUUUUAUCCACCUUCCAAUAUUAUAUGGAUUGAAUUUGAAUAUGAUAACUUUCAGGAUGAAUCAAACCACUGCAUUUUUCAUUCAUCAAUAUAUUUAUUGCGUAAAUGAUCUCAAAACCCGUUUUAUUUCAUGAAUCAUACAUACUAUCCUGACCCUAAAAUGCCCCUAAAUAAUCUACAAAACCAGAGUAUCUACGGAGACGAAUAUGCAUAGAUGGCAUUCUUUCAUUGAUCCCUAUUUUCUGAACCCAUUCUCCCCCAAAAAUGUUGUGUGUAUUGACAAAAUACAAAUUAGAAGGUACACUGUAUUUAAAGGGAUGGCUUAAAAUAAAUGUACUGAAAUCCCUACUGAAUGAAAACUCCACGAGGAAAUCUGUUGGCCACCAAGUGGGAGGGUUUUCAGCAGUUGAAUUCCAUUUAUUCAGCAUGCAAAAUGGAACCACGCCUGCAAAGCCUGUUAUGUGCCUUCAUAAGGUAAGUCUCAACACAAACUACUGAGAAGUGACUAAGAAAUCCCAAUCAGUCCCUUUAUGAACACAGGUGAGAAAGUGAGGUUCAAAAAUCUUCUAUACAAGAGCGAGGUAAUGUUGAUUACCCUCACUGUGUAGCAUGCAUACAUCUCCAUUCAGUGCAUAGUAAGUAAUGCCGAACUUGGCUCACUCGUACCAUAUAGUAUCACACUCAGAUACACAUACCAGCGGCGCCGUCUAUUGGCUUGGCAACAUCUCAUAACGUCUUCCUUCACACAACAAAUGAAGAUAACUCCUCAUAAACAGGAGAACUGGGGUUAGACCCUUGCCAAUGAAAACAUUACACUGUUAACAAAAAAAUAUAACUGUGUACUUAUUUAAAGUACUUUCAAUAAGCAUCAACUUUAAAGUCAA